AUGGGAAACUCUCAAAAUAAUAUAGUAAGAUCAAACAAACAUAUUGUCAUUGUGGGCGGUUCUAUUGCAGGCUUCGCUUUGGCUGAAGCACUGUGGGAUUAAUUUCAAGUGACUAUAAUCGAUAUGAAAGAUUACUUCGAAUUCAUUUUGACAAAUGUAAAAGCAGCUGCUAUCCCAAACUACAUUAAUGAGAUUAUAUUACCCUAUGAAGAAAUAGUGAGAGCCAAUCAGAAUAAAUUCAAGUUUAUAUAAGGCAAGCUUGAAACAGUAAACAAAGACAACUCUAUUGAGAUUGCAAAUAAAGAUGGAGCUAAAUCUGUUGUCUAAUAUGACAUUCUUGUACUUGCCACGGGUUUCUCUUAUGAGCAGCCAGUUAAAGAUGAAAAAAGUCUUACCCUAUAAGAUAGAAGAAAUGGUAUCUCUGAGUUCUAGUAGAAGAUAGCAAAUGCUUAAUCUAUAUUAGUUGCUGGUUCUGGAAUCGUCGGAAUAGAACUGAUGGGUGAGUUAGCGCAUGCUUAUCCAGAAAAAUAACUCUCUCUCUUGUCUAGAGGUGGGAGAUUACUUCAAAAUAUGAAACCUUAAGUUGGUUAAAUACUUGACACAUAUUUCAAAUCUAAGAAAGUUAAGCUUAUCUAUAACAAAGCUUAUGACUCUAGAGAUAAAUCAUUUGAGAAAUAUGACUGUGUCAUUUAAGCUACUGGAUACACGUAUAAGACUGACUUUAUGAAGAAAAAUUUUGCUAAUUGUUUAGCGUCGACCGGAGAAAUAUAUGUAAACGACUUAUUCUAAAUUUCCUCUGAAGACCCUGCACAAGAUCCUAAUGCUAUUGGCGUAAAAGAAAAUAUCUUCUGUUUCGGGGAUGUUUCCAGAUGCAGUCUUUAGAACACUAAGUCAGCUGUUCAGAUAAAAUGGCUCUCUCCACUACUUAUAAAAAACAUUAUUCAACUUGCGAAUGGGCAAAGACCUUCAAACCAAAUUCCACAAAAAUAAUCGUACAUGGCCAUGAUUUCCCUUGGUCCAAAUGAUGCUUUAAUUACCUUGAAUGGAUUGGUGAUAUUUAACAAAAAAGCAGGCAAGAGUAAAUUUGAAAUGGCUGAAGAUAAUAUGAGAGCUUUAAGAGGAGAUAUUGGAAUCAGGAAAAAAAAUUAGAAAAAAUUGAAUAAAGUUAAGGGUUUCCUAAGCUGCUUGACAUGUUGUUGCUUCUGCUGCGGCUGCUCUAAUUUUAACACUAUAGUGACCAGAUAGCCUAAAAGCUUUUGA